AAUAGUAUAUAGUUUAUCAAAAAGACUGAUGCAUGGAUUUUAAACUUAAAAUCAAAACGAUCAUUUAUCAAAAAGGUAGCCUUUUGAACUAUCCUCUUCCUUGUUGUGUCUUCGGUUGUUUUUUUAUCUACGAGAAUCACAAACAGGAAAAGGAAAGAUUCUUUUUCUUUUUGGUUUUUUAAUCUCCUAGUCUGUCUUAAUUCGAAUCCUGUUCCUUGAGGGUUUCUAAUUUUUUUUUUCUUCUCCUAAUUAAUUUGGGUUCUUCUAUCCUAAUAUAUAUCGAGAGGAGAGGCGGAAGAAAUAUAUAAUCUCAAGACAGAGAGGACAAGAAAUAAGUUGCUUUUUUUUUCCGUUGACCUAAUUUGUUCGGACAAGAAGGAAUAUAGUGAUUUGGUUAAAUAAAUUUUAUGAAGAAGAAGAAGAUGAUGAUGUCGGAUCUUCCAAGGGAUAUGGAGGAAGAGGUGCUGUGUCGAAUUCCGUUGACAUCUUUGGGACUUGUCCGAUCUACUUGCAAAAGGUGGAACAUGUUGUCCAGAUGUGAUCACUUAUUUGCAAACAAGCACCUCCUUGCUCAUCUAGCAGCAGAAGCAAAGAGGAAGGACCCUCUUGUGGUUACGAUGAUGAAUUAUAGGGUUGAGUUGAUGAGAUUGGAUCUUUCCAACGAAGACGACGUUGCUGUUGUAAAUUCUGAAGCUAAACUUGCUGGCCUAGAUCAAAUCGAUGUGCGUGAAAUCUUUCACUGCGACGGUCUAUUGUUAUGCAUUCCCAAAGAAGACGAGUAUAGGCUAUUGGUUUGGAAUCCAUAUUUGGGACGGGGGCAACCCAGGUGGAUCGACCACACACAUAAUCACGACUUACUGGACAAACGUCUCUGUGGUCGUUUGGACAGGUACACGUAUAGUAGUUCCCAGUACAAAAUCCUGAGAUUUAUUGAUCAUCCCCCAAUUUUCGUUGAGUUCAAAAUCUACGACUUCAACUCUGAUUCAUGGAGGAUUCUUGAUCUCCCUACUCGUCCAGACAACUGGAAUAUAAAACUUGAUGAACGCGGCCUAUCUUUGAAGGGAAAUACCUACUGGUUUGCAUCAGAAGCUUUGAAUUUUGAAGCCAUUUGUUUCUUAAUCUGUUUUGAUUUCACAACAGAGACAUUCUCCCCGCCUUUGCCUCUCCCCUUUGAGGCUUUCCCUUACGAUACUUUGAUUCUAUCAUCAUCAUCAUCAUCAUCAUCAUCAUCUCCGCAGCAGCUUGUGGUUUUAUUCCAGUCCGGGGAUACAUUGGAGAUGGAGAUCUGGAUUUCCAAUACGAUCGAGAAGCCCAACGCAGGCCUGUCAUGGAACAGCAAGGUUUUCUUAUCGGCGAAUAUCAAACAACUCAUUCACCCCCAUUAUAAUUUUCUUCGGAAAUCUGCGUGUUUCUUCAUUGACCAGGAGAAGAAAGUCGCAGUGGUUUUUGAUAAAAACGCCCGUAUGGGUGCCGCCACUCGUGAUAUGGCUUACAUCUUUGUUGGAGGAGGAGUGGAUGAUGAUGGAUCAUCCUCCUUUAAACAACAAGUUGUUAAAGAAUCUGCAUACCCAUUUUGUUAUUCACGUGCUUGCUAUUAUGUUCCAAGCUUAGUGCAACUCAACUAGUCCCUCCACCUAUUACUAUUAUUGUUAUCUCUCUUUGUUUCCUAAGAUUGACUAUUACUCAUAUAUAUAUAUAUUAAGUUUCUUUUUUCCA